UUUUCCCUUUGUUCUUGUAUCUUGGUUACUUUGUUGUGGCUGUACUUUAACUUGGGAGAGUUUCUUUUUUUCCAAGACCUUUUUUUAUAUCUAUAUAAUUUCUCUUUCAAAAAAAAUUAUUGGUUCUUGUUGCAGUUUGAUUCUUCAAAUGACACCCCUUUUGGUUUGAUUCUGCAGGAUACUUGCCCUUGUUGUUUUCUGCUCAGCUUGCUGGUAAUCUCUUGCGGCUAGUUUUGCAAUUGCACUUUUGGUUCUCAACACCAGGUUUUAUUUUUCUAGUUCUUUCCCUAAUUGAUUUAGCUUACUAAUUGAUUUAGUUGAACAAUUUAUUUUAAAUUUUUAUUUUGAAAUAUCUAAAUGUCAACUAGAAAAUUUGAAUCAGGUUAUUCAAAACUGAAAAAAAAGAAAAGACUUGAAGCUUUGGUUGAAUCACAAAAAGGGGCUUUAGAUAAAUUUGUUAAAAAAAGUAAAUUUGAAAAUACAAGUGGUAGCUCAUUGAAUGAACAAGUGAACAAUAUAGGCGCAAAUGAAAAUAUGGAAGAAGAAAUGGUUAAUGAACAAGUCACUUCAAAUGAAAAUAGAGAUGAUGUCUUUGUUUUAGAGCAAGGUAAUACUAUAGACACGAAUGAAAGUGCAAAUGAAAAUAUGGAAGAAGAAAUGGUUAAUGAACAAGUCACUUCAAAUGAAAAUAGAGAUGAUGUCUUUGUUUUAGAGCAAGAUAAUACUAUAGGCACAAAUGAAAGUGAAAAUAGAGAAGUAUUGAUUAAUGAACAAGAUUGCAUUGAUUUGCAAACUCACAAUGAAGAUAUAGAAGAAGUAUUAGAACAAUCCAAUCCUAAAAAUAUAUAUGACCCGAGUCAAUGGACAAAUAUUGAUACAAAUUUGAGAGAUUUUCUAGUAACCAAUGGUCCUACUAAAGUUAUUGAUAUUGAUUUUCCUAAGGAUGAAUUUGCUAGACACUUUUCUCCAUCAUUUUACUUUCAAAAAUUGCCCAACGGAGAAAAGCUUGAAAGAAGAUGGUUGAUUUAUUCUCAAGAUUUAGAUAAAGUAUUUUGCUUUUGUUGUAAAUUAUUUAAUACUCUUACUAGUACUAGUAAAUUAGCAAAUGAAGGUAGUCGGGAUUGGAGAAAUAUUAGUUCUAAGUUGAAAGAUCAUGAGAAAAGCAGUGAGCACAUUAUUAAUAUGAGUUCAUGGAUUGAAUUAGAAAUAAGAUUAUUGAAAAAUAAAACAAUUGACAAACAUGUUCAAGAAAAAAUUAAUAGAGAAAAAGAACAUUGGAGAAAUGUGUUGUUUAGAAUCAUUGCAGUUGUUAAAACUCUUGGAAAAAAUAACUUAGCCUUUCGUGGAACAAACGAAAAGAUUUACCAAGAAAAUAAUGGAAAUUUUUUAAGUCUAAUUGAAAUGAUUGCAGAAUUUGAUCCCGUAAUGAAAGAACACAUUCGUCGUGUAAAAGAUAAUGAAAUUCAUAACCAUUAUCUUGGACAUAGAAUACAAAAUGAAUUAAUAAAUUUGCUUGCAAAUGAGAUUAAAACAAAAAUUAUAACAAAAGUUGUUAAUGCAAAGUAUUUUUCAAUCAUACUUGAUUGUACUCCUGAUGUAAGUCAUAAAGAGCAAAUGUCUAUCAUAUUAAGGUGUGUGGGUUUUUCUUCAACCCCAAUACAAGUAAAUGAAUAUUUUUUAGAAUUUUUAAUAGUAGAUGAUACAACUGGCAAAGGUCUUUUUGAUGUUAUUAUGAAUGAACUAAAUACUAUUGGACUUGAUAUUAGUAACUUAAGAGGACAAGGUUAUGACAAUGGAUCUAAUAUGAAAGGAAAACAUCAAGGAGUUCAAAAAAGGUUUUUAGACAUUAAUCCUAGAUCAUUUUAUACACCAUGUGGUUGUCAUAGUCUAAACUUGGUACUUUGUGAUAUGGCUAAUUGUUGUUCUAAAGCUACAUCAUUUUUUGGAGUAGCGCAACGUAUAUAUACAAUAUUUUCUUCUUCUACCAAAAGAUGGAAAAUUCUACAAGAUCAUAUUCCUAGCCUAACUCUUAAAUCAUUGUCACAGACACGUUGGGAAAGUCGUAUUGAAAGUGUAAAAGCUUUAAGAUUUCAAACGUCACAAGUAAGGGAUGCUUUAUUGAAAUUAGCCAAAGUUAGUGAUGAACCUAAAAUAAAGAGUGAAGCUGAAUGUUUGGCAACUUAUGAGCUUGAAAAUUUUGAAUUUUUGUUAGGUAUGACUAUUUGGUAUGAGAUCUUGUUUGCGGUAAAUUCAAUUAGUAAAAAUUUGCAAUCAAAAGAUAUGCGUAUUGAUGUUGCUAUAGAGCAAUUGAAAGGACUUAUUUCUUAUUUUAAAAAAUAUAGGGAAGAUGGAUUUGAAACUGCCAUAAUUUCUGCUAAAGAAAUUGCUAUUGAAAUGGAUAUAGAACCCAAAUUUCGUGAAAAACGUAUUAUUCGUAGAAAAAAACAAUUUGAUGAAAUUGCUGAUAAUGAAGUUCUAAAAUCUCCUGAAGAAUCAUUUAAAUCUGACUACUUUUUGUACAUAGUAGAUCAAGCAAUUAGUUCAUUUCAAAGUAGAUUUGAACAAUUUAAAAUAUAUCAAGAUAUUUUUGGUUUUCUAUUUAGCAUUAAGAAGUUAAAGUCUUUAGAAAUUGAUAGUUUAAAAGAAUCUUGUCUUAACCUUGAACAUUCGUUAAAACACAAUGAAAAUUCUGAUAUUGAUGGAUUAGACUUAUUUUCAGAAUUGAAAAUUUUAAGAGAAAUCAUACUAGUUGAAAAUGAUACUCCAAUUGACAUACUUAAUUAUAUUAUUAAACUUGAUUCUUUUCCAAAUGCUUUUAUUGUUUAUAGAAUAAUGUUGACAAUUCCUGUAACCGUUGCGUCAGCGGAAAGAAGUUUUUCAAAAUUAAAAUUAAUAAAAUCUUAUCUUAGAUCAACUAUGUCUCAACAAAGAUUAAAUGGAUUAGCUUUAUUAUCAAUUGAAAAAGACAUGUUAAAUCAAAUUGAUUAUGAAAAUUUAAUAAAUGAUUUUGCAUCUAAAAAAGCUCGAAAAAUAAAUUUUAAAUAACAAAAAUUUAACGUAAUUUUUUUUUAAA